AUGACUAAGCGUUGCUCAAUCUUGCAAUCCAAACUCCAGGAACUUGAAUCCAAACUCCACGAAGCCUUGCUUCUUCAUGAUCACGACGAUCAACAUCAAUACCUCGCUGAAGACAUCAAGCAGAAAUUCGUGUUCAUUAAGAGUCUCUUAUCGGCUGAGAUUUCUUCUUCUCCUCCAGCAUCGACGACGCCUCAUCAUCUGCAGCACGUGGCUCGGAGGAUCCAUCAAUUGGAGGACGCCUUCCUGAAAUGGCACAGUUCCAGAGGUUUCUCCGGCGGCGAAGAAUUCGAAGUGGCUUCGUCUUGUUCUUGCACCGAAUCGUGCUUCAACGACGAUGGAGGAGAGGCCGGCGGUGAAUUGAACGUCGCUGAAUUUGCAGAACCAGAGGAGUUUCCUGAGGGCUGUAAGGCUAUGGUGGAAUGGAAAGAAACAGAGGAAUGUCCAGAAGGUUUUGAUGAUGAGAAGGAGAAGGCAAUGGCGAAAUGGGAAGGUGACGAGGAGAAAGAGACACAGAAAUUGGGAUCUCUGGUUGACUAUGAAGAUGCAAGAGAUCACUUUCUUGAAGUUGAAGGCCUUGAUCAUGGAGGAUUGGUGAUUAAAAAAGAAUUAGGGAAUAAUGAUGUAAUAUUAGAAAGUAUUGAAAUGACAAGAGAGAAUAGCAAGACAGGUAGCGAAUUAGGGCAUGUUUGUGGUGCAAUGGCCUGUGGGGUUGUGCUUGGGAUGGUCUUUUCUGGGUUCAUGAUGCUCAGAAUUUUAGGCUGCUUUCAGAUUGUAGAUCAAUCAUAUUUUCCAAUUCCAACUUAG